AUGCUCCUCACCGGGAGUCCGCCCUUCCAUGGGCCCGACAAAGAAGUGCUGGCAAAGAUUAGGGCGGGGAAAGUCCAUUGGUCCUCCAAAUUCAAACGACUUUCGGAGAACGCGCAGGACUUUGUGAAGGCUUUGCUGGUGGUGAAUCCCAAUGACAGACUAGACGCUCAAGGCGCGCUUGAGCACCCUUGGGUGAAGAGCCUAGGGACCAAAAACGAGGCAGGAUGGGAUGGGGGCCUUUUUUUUGCAUCUGCACUGGUGCAGUCGCCCGCCCUGGACGACGACAUCAAGUUGAGCCUGCGAAAGUUUUCGAAGGCCACCGCCUUUCGUCGCGCGGUGCUGUCCAUGAUGGCUUGGUCGCUGAAUGCGGAGGAUCGAGCACAGCUGCGCAACGAAUUCCUGGCUUUUGACACGCAAAAUACGGGGACCAUCACCCAUCUCCAGAUGAAAGAGAUCUUGGAGAAGUAUUACCACAUUGACUCCAUGGAAGCUGAGGCGAUGUUCAACAGCAUGGACACGGACCACGAUGACGUCAUUGCGUACAGCGAGUUUCUGGCGGCUGCCCUUCAGGGCCGUAUCAAAGUCCACGAGGACGUGCUGCGGCGGACCUUCCGGAAAUUCGACGUGGACAACUGCGGUCGCAUCACUGCCGAAGAUUUGCAAGGCAUCCUGGGUGAACACUUCGAAGGAACCGACGCCAAGGAGCUGAUCAAAGAGGCUGAUACCAAUGGUGAUGGCAUGAUCGAGUACGACGAGUUCUUGAACUACUUCCAUAGACAUGAGGCCCACAUUGAUGAGGACUGUCUGGCAUCUCUGGGUAGUAUAUAUAUAUAUAUAUUUGCAUGUGUGUAUAUAUUAUAUAUAUUAUAUAUAUUAUAUAUAUUAUAUAUAUUAUAUAUAUUAUAUAUAUACCUAUUGCAAAAUGAUCAAAAUGCAGGUUUUUCAUGGCCAUGUUGGAUUGCCAUGUUGGGUAUCGGUUUUUUAGCGGGUAAAGAAGUUAUGAAUCGCUUUGUGUAA